AUGAUUGAUCUUCGCUCGAUACGGCUUUGGGCCAAUGUGUGCUUGGUACACUUGCAUUGGUCAGCUACGACAGGAAGACCAUCGAUCCUGCCAGGAUCCUACUUCAGCCAGUGUAGGAAUUUGCUCAACUUUGAGCAGGCAACCAUGCGCGAUGCCAUGUUGAUUGCCGAGGUCUCUCUUUAUUGUACGCUUCAGAAAAGUGUAUGUGGGAAGCCUGACUUUGCCAGCGAUGGGAGUUGUGAGCAUUUUACAACCUGGAAGCAGAAAUGGGGAUAUCUUCUUGAGUUACCUACCAGCCUUGUCUUGAAUCUCAGCUAUUGGACCGCAAAUCUGAUCCUGGCCAAACGGUCACUCGAUGAGAUCGAAGCUCGAGCAUUGAGUGCUCCUACACCUAUCUCCCCAGCAACAUCUCGCAGUUCUACAUCACAAUUUCAAGCUAUACCAACAAAGGAUCUACAAGACCACGUAUAUGAGCUAAGUUUUCGAGUGACUUUGGCUUUCGUGGCCAUUCCAAGCUCGAGUUCAGGAGACUUGCCAGAGUUCCAUUCCCUCUGUGUCGCCUACUCCAUGCUCAUACUAUGCCAGUACGACGAGUUGCCUCCUUCUAUACCUCACGACGAACUCUUCUCAGCUUUGACUGAAGUCAAGAGUCGCUGCAACGACUAUUCCGUCGCGGUUGAGUUUAGUGCUGAAAGAGCUUUAGAGAGGCUCAGGGCAGAUAUGCAGGCGCUUAAUACGACAGAUUCGGUGAAUCAAGAGGCGCAGUUUGGUAGCCAUGCGGGCCAUCCUCAGAAUGCAGGCGUCGGUAGAGCCAAUGUGAAUAUCAACGAGACUGGGCUUGAUAACCUCGACUUUUUCUUCAAUGGAGGAUAUCUGGACAUUCUAGAUAUUGACAACUUUCUUCUUUAG